AAGCGUCCACGAGGAAGUUAAUCCCCACCAUGAAGCUUUGACAUAUAUCUUCUUGCCACUUUCCUACGCUGACAACAUUCUUUAGGAUAACUCAUAAAUACUCCAAGCCAUGGCUGGUCAAAGGAAUGCUCUCCAAUAUCCCAGUAGUGAGCAAACGCCAAAGAAACGCACACGCAAAGCAACACUGAAGCCUGCAGUAUCAACUCGACCUGCCCGAUACAGACAAGCAAAGAUUGUAGCAUCCAUCGAAACAUGUAACAACAUCCAAGUCGACAGCGAGAGUGAGUUUAGUGGCCCUGAUAAUACGGAGACAGCAAGUGUCCGUGGAGCAUCUAAGCAAAGACCGCGGAGUCGCCGCAUCCACGAUUCAACAAGGGUACUCAACUCGUCUAGCAGUUUGCAAAAGGACAGCGCUGCGUCAGCAGAGGGUUUAGAAAGCGAAGGGAGUCGAUACAAUCCUUCAAAUGAUGAGGAAAGCCAGAGCGAUGAGGAUGAUGCUGGGCAUGCACGUAAAAGAAGUAAAUCAGACAAUGGAUCAUCCCAUGCCAGAACAAACACUUCGAGCACGGUAGGCAGUCGAAGUGACAGACAUGAUCCAGUGGAAAAUUGUCCAACUCGAGUGCAUGAAAAUCACGCAACAGCUCCACGGCCUGUGGAGCAUGGCAGAUUGCUUGGGGAAAACUUGAGGCAAGAUAAUCAGCGAAAAUCGAACAGGCCACAAGAAGAUGGAACAACACGACCAACUCAGACACCAAAAAAGACGUCGAAUAGACGCCUGGCCGCGGCGAGAGAUGAUGCUGGCGAAGGCCCCUCGAGAAAUACAGGUGCGGACGAAGAAGUUCAAUAUCUCCAUACAGUUGCAAGAAAUGUCCAUCAAAGUGGAGAACCCGCAGGUCAAGCAAGGUGGACAGGACUAGUAAGUCGACCAAAAGGAGAAGCCAUGACGGGAGACGAUGGGCCUCCUUCCAAUGGAACGCAUGAUCACAAUCUAGCUGCUCCUCGAGCGAUAAGUGAUGUGGGCGAGGAGAGCUCGAGAGAAUUCCGUGGCCAUACCGUACCAUUUCUGCUGGGAUCAACCCUAGGAUCGACAGCACCAACAAUCGGAUUAGGUCAAUUUAAGCUCAUUGACUGUCGUAACGAACAAAACGGCCUAGACGGCGGAAGCUCCAAAGGCAAGCAACCAGAAGUCGAUGCCUCCAAAAAAUGUCAGGCGUGCUUCAGAUUUCGACGUAAUUGUGAUCAAGGCAAACCAUCGUGUGGGCAUUGCACGCUUGGGAACUCGAAAUGCAUCCCACAAAAGACUCCAAAGCAUGUUGAGCAAACUAUCGGUGCUCCUAUUAUCACCGAGUUUUCAGGCUCCCAACUGUGGGAAAAGUGUCAACGUUGCGCUGGACUCCAGAAACAAUGCACGUUUGAGGAAGGUGAGGACGAUUGCCAAAAUUGCAAGAAAAGAGGAUGGAAAUGUCUUCCGUUGACAAGUCCGAAGCCCAAGAAGAAGCAGCCGUUUCGAGGACGCAAUCAAGAUCCAAACACGAAGUGCACUGCUUGUGUGAAAGCUCGAAGUCACUGUGACGGUGUGAAGCCAAAAUGCGGACGUUGUGCUAAGUGGAAAUACAAAUGCUAUCCUCCAGGGGCUGAGCCACCCAAGAAAGUCCCGAAGGAUGAGAAGUGUAAGAGGUGCAGGCAGUUGAAGUUGGCCUGUAGUGAUUCGCUGCCGUGUCCCAGAUGUGUGAAGGAAGGAAUCGAGUGUGGGAUGACUGCGCAGGAGGAAGAAAUGCAGCUGAAGUUUCUUGGUGAAGAAUGAAAGAAGUGCUGCUCAGCGUUCUUGGAGCAUUCUGAGAGGUGGGGCUUCGGGGGUGGAUAGCUUGUGGAGUAUUCAUAAUUGACUUGAGGUUGUCAUGGUCGAGUUGCUUUCCCAAAACAGUUGUUUGUGAAUAAAAGCUAAGUAUAAAACCAUCCCCCUUUUGCUGUCGCAAAAUCACUGUGCGUGAAUCAGUGACAGAAUCAGCACGGCUAAGACCUCCGGUCACAGUCCAGUCGAAUCUAAACCUUAUGGUAGCCGUUUGGCGGAGGUUGAACUCCACUGCGAGUUGAGGGGCCGUCCUCUGAUUAUGCAUGUAGUUGGGCUUUGGAAUGGGAGAAAAUCCUCGGAGUCUGUAUUCUACGCCAUUCUUCCCGAAAUAUCCGCAUUGCAAAGAGAAUCUCUUUAGGGUUGCCCUUUAGAAGAUAUGCC